CACGUCUCCUUUUCUCCAUCGGAAAAAGAAAAAUGAAAAAAUAAAAAUAACGUUUUUAUAUAUAGGGAGAGAAAACACAAGAUAAGCAGCAUACAAUAAGCGGAAUCCACUUCGAAAAACUUGGAACAAAUAAUCAAAAUUUGUUGAAAGAUUUUAUACGCCGCUUCACGCAAUCACAACCCUCCUUCUCCAAUCGGUGCCUCCACCGCGCUCCUACCAAAUUAGGGGGGGAAAUAAAAAUAAUAAAUUUGAACUUCUUCAGGUUUUUGUUUACUUGAAGCGGUGAUAUUCGGCUGCAUCGAACCCCAUAUUUGGUGGUCUGGAGGAUCAUCACAGGAAGCUGCAAGUUUCUAGUUUCAAAUCUUAAAUUCCUUCCAAAGUAGCCAAUUAAUAUCAACUGGUUUCUGCUGGAGUCAAGUUUAUGAUUUUUAAGCAUUAUGAUCUGAUAAAGGCACACUGUUUUUGCAUAAGUUCAGUGUGUAUGAGUGAUGUUCAGUGGGCAAAAAGGAUUUCAUGCUCUCAAUAUAUUCAAGUGGAGACAGGGUAGUACAUCGUCUCUGACUACUGGGUUGCUUAAUGAUGUGCCGCAUGAAAUUGAGUUAUCUGAUUAUCAUAGAGCACCGAGCCCUGGUAGUGAGAGCCCAUCCGGGCUUCUUGAUGGAGAGACCUUGGAUACUGAGCCGAUUGAUGAUUUGGAUCUGUUCUUUGAGAGGAUUUACACCUAUUACUGCGAGAAAGGCCUCUGGUGCAUUAUAAUCAAGUGGAUGUUUGAGCUUCUGAGCUUGGCUUUCACUAUAUGCUUUUCUGGUUUUUUUCUGCUCUUCGUUGAUUGGAAUGGUCUCCGAAAUGCAAAAUGUGGCAUGGAUGCAGUGGAAUCUGGAAUCAGACCUUGUGAUCUCUCUGAGGAAGCUUUACAUAAGCAUCCAUUGACUCCUUUCACUCUUUCCAAAGCUAUAAUUGUAGGAUAUUUGGGAAUAUUUUCCAUCUACUGUAUAUUCUGCUUUUUGAGGUUCUUUGCACAGUUGAAGGAGACUCUUAAGAUCCGUUGGUUUUACUACAACAGCCUCCAUGUGACAGACAAUGAAAUACAGACAAUGCCGUGGUCGUUGAUUCUUGAAAAGGUUGUUCAAGUACAGCAGACACAGCAGCUAUGUGUGGUCAAGGAUCUUUCUAUGCAUGAUGUGGUGAUGAGAUUGAUGAGGAAGGAGAAUUAUCUGAUUGGCAUGCUUAAUAAGAGAGUGCUUGCAUUUCCUAUAUCGCAGUGGGUCCCUGGUUCAUGCGCAACUGGAAGUGUUGGUACAGAUGGUGUCCAACUUCGUCUAGUACUGCCAAAGACUCUUGAAUGGACUUUAAAUUGGUGCAUACUACAGAGCAUGUUUGAUAGAAACUUUCGUGUUAGAAGAGACUUUGUCUCUGAUCCAAAUACUUUGAGGAAAAGGCUUAUGAUAGUUGGCUUUGCUCUGCUUCUUCUCUCUCCAUUCCUUGUUAUUUUCAUGCUCGUGUAUCUGUUCUUAAGGCAUGCUGAGCAGUUCUACAAUCAUCCAAGUACAGCAUCAUCCAGGAGAUGGUCAAAUCUCUCUAAGUGGAUGUUCAGAGAAUUCAAUGAGGUUGAUCAUUUGUUUAAGCACCGGAUAAACAGCAGCAUUGUGCAUGCUUCUGAUUACUUAAAACAAUUUCCAUCACCCAUAUUGACUAUUGUUGCAAAGUUCAUAUCAUUUGUUUCUGGUGGCUUUGCUGCUGUGCUUAUAAUAAUUGCGUUCUUAGAGGAAUCUCUCCUGGAAGGCCAUAUAUUUGGGCGAAACUUAUUCUGGUAUGCUGCAGUCUUUGGAACUAUAACUGCUAUAAGCCGUGCUGCAAUGACGGAUGAGCUUCUUGUCCUUGAUCCGCAGGCAGCAAUGUCCCUGGUUGUCCAACACACGCACUAUAUGCCAAAAAGAUGGCGUGUGAAAGAGAAUACUGAGACAGUACGGCUGGAGUUUGAGACUCUUUUUCAGUACACAGGAAUGAUGCUAUUGGAGGAGAUGGCCUCAAUCUUUCUCACGCCGUAUCUACUUAUGUUUGUUGUCCCCAAGCGGGUGGAUGAUAUCUUGAAGUUCAUCAAGGACUUCACUGUGGAUGUUGAAGGCGUGGGCCACGUUUGUAGCUUUAGCCUCUUCGAUUUUAGAAAUCACGGAAACAAAAGAUAUGGUUCGCCAUUUAACUCGACUCACGAUCAGAGGAGUUCCCAGGGGAAAAUGGAAAAGUCAUUCUUGAGCUUUCAGAUCGCGUAUCCUUCAUGGGAUCCUAAUGAUGAUGGGAAGCAGUUCCUCGCGUCGUUGAAAACAUUCAGAGAUCAAAAGUUGAGAGGUCAUGGAACAGCAACCUCGCAGACGGCAUCCGGGAUGGCCCAUCAGAAUCUGAAAUUCAGAGGCUUUGGCACGGGUGAACGGAACGCCAUGUUCUCAAGGGAAAUGGCAUUCAACAACAUUGGGAACUUCCACCAGUUAGACUCGAUGUGGUUGAUAGAUGCCGAGCAGAAGAAUUUUCCGUACAUUCUGGAGUGGUAUUACACCUCACACAAUCACGACAGAGACGACGAAAACUCGAGAGAGUUGCCAUCGAGACACUAUGACCAUGAUGACGAGAAUCAGCCCGAUCUGUGGAUGCCGUCCCACCUGACCAAGAACUCUCCCAAAUACGACGACAAUUGGGACGACAACCUGUUUGACGAUCGUGCCCAGAGCCAUCUAGAAGCUUCCACAUCGGUUCCCCUCUUCCAAGAAAGUGUCCUGCAGCAUCACGAGUCCAACGAUACGCGGCACCCCGGCAGGAGCCACUGGUGGGCGAGGACGCAGCCACAGGUUCCUGGUCAGGAGACCAGCUUCCUCGAGCCUCCGAACUUCUUCCGUGAAGCUUCCCAUGAUAACUACGACAACUGCUCGGACGAAAGAAGCGGCGAAGAACAUCAGUUGGACUUGAGAAAUUCGAGGGGGCUGUCGAGGACGUUCUACAUGGACGAGUUAGAUGGAGGGAAUUUCAAUCUUCCAUUUGUCGACAUAUAUAAAAACCCAUCGGAUGGGGGCUCCAGCUCCGGCUCCGGAGCCGGCUCGGAGGAUUCUGGUCCUGCAAAUCUGGUGUGAUUAGCUGUGUCUCUGGUUUUAAACAAUUGGAACAUGUAAGAGCUGAUCUUCAUCUAAAUCUCUAAAUUCUUUCUUGUAAAUAAGAAAGUAUAUAUAAAUUGGAAUCUGAAGCUUGUGUCCACGCUCAAAUUGUAAAGACUGCUCCAUUGAUUCUUGUACUAUAUGCUAUUAUGGUAGGCUAUGUUUCGACACUUUAUUUA